AUGGAGCAAGGGAAUAUACCAGUGUUGGCCAAGAAGAUGAGACAGGUAGUGAAGGUGAUACUGCUCAUGGUCAGGAAGAGAAUCUCCAAGUGGAAGCUGAUGGUUGAUCUCAACAUGAUGGUGAAGGGCCGCAAGAUCGCCGGAAAAUCCAUCCUCCACAAGCUCAUGUUCCACCACCACCACUCCCCCACCCACCCCCCCGACGGCCGCCUCUCCUUUAACGGCGGCUGCCCUGACGAGUACGAGUUCAGCUGCAGCAGCAGCCCCGCCAAGCGCCCACGCAACCACAACUCCCAGUUCUUCUUCCCCUGCGCCCACGCGCCGCCCACCCACGACGAAUUAGUCCUCCCCGCCGACGCCAAUGCCGUCAGGAGGGAGCUGGAGAUUCUGGCCAGCAAGGGCCUGGCUUCGCCGGCGAUCUCAGCCUUCCUGCAGAGCCCGGCGGUGAGCGAACUGUUUUACAGCCAACCCUCGUCGCCGGCCCCGCCGGGGUUCAGGCGGACGCCGCUGGUGAGGGUGACGGACUCGCCGUUUCCGCUGCACGACGUGGACGAAGGAGAUCACCGCGUGGAUGAAGCGGCGACGGAGUUUAUAAUGAAGUUCUACAACGAAUUGAGGAAGCAAAACAGUACUAGGGCUUUGCGUGGAUGA